GCGCAGGCGGCGGAUUCGCGGCGCGGCGCCGGAGGAGGAAGUGGUGUGGUUGUUGCUGUCUUUUCUCCCACCGCUGGCUCCCGGGGCGCGGAGAGGGGGCGCCGUCUCCGCCGCUGCGUCGCCCUCCGUGUCUACGCCCCUCCAUGUUCCCCGGCGCCGCUGCUCCGCUUCCUCAGGCCACCGCUUACCCCGGGGUCUAUGGAAGUAAUGGAAGGACCCCUCAACCUGGCUCAUCAACAGAGCAGACGAGCAGACCGUUUACUGGCUGGAGGGAAAUAUGAAGAGGCUAUUUCUUGUCACAAAAAGGCUGCAGGAAACAGCAGGUGAUGGCUCAAGUACUUGGAUCCUUGCCACCCCUAUGGGAGACCUGGAUAGAGUUCCUGAUCCAACCCUGAUUAUUGCAGGCAUUUGGAGGAGUAAACCAGAGGAUGGAAGCACACUGGCUCAUUUGCUCUCUUAUCUUUCUGAAGCCAUGAAGCUGACACAGUCUGAGCAGGCUCAUUUAUCACUGGAAUUGCAAAGGGACAGCCACAUGAAACAGCUCCUCCUCAUUCAGGAGAGGUGGAAAAGAGCCAAGCGUGAGGAGCGACUGCGCGCCCAGCAGCACCCAGACAGGGAUGCCACUGCCCAUCUUCAGGCAGCUCCCAGACCCUGUGCUGAGGACGCGGAAGGCCACAGUCUCCUCCUUCCUCACAAGUACAGUCCUUCCACCGAGAGACGUCUGCCUGAAAUUCGGGGGGCCUUUGACAGGGAUCCAGACACGCUACUGUUUUUACUUCAGCAAAAGAGCGAGCCAACAGAGCCAUGUAUUGGAAGCAAAGCCCCAAAAGAUGAUAAAACAAUUAUAGAGGAGCAGGCAACCAAAAUUGCAGAUUUGAUGAGGCAUGUGGAAUUCCUUGUGGCUGAGAAUGAAAGAUUAAGGAAAGAAAACAAACAACUGAAGGCUGAAAAGGCCAGACUUUUAAAAGGCCCGGUAGAAAAGGAGCUGGAUGUAGAUGCUGACUUUGUAGAAAAGUCCGAGUUGUGGAGCUUGCCGCCGCAGUCUGAAACUGCUGCAGCCUCCGCAAGCUGGCAGAAGUUCGCAGCGAAUCCUGGGAAAGCCAAGGACAUUCCAAUACCCAAUCUCCCUCCCUUGGAUUUUCCAUCUCCAGAACUUCCCCUUAUGGAGCUCUCUGAGGAUAUUCUGAAAGGAUUUAUGAAUAAUUAAAAUGGAAGACCACAGAAGUCAGAAAAGGAAAUAAUACAGUAACGAGUUAAUCCAGAACAAAAAGCAAAAAAGGGAAAACCACACAUACAAGGGUAUCCCGGAAGUGCUUCAUCAUCUGGCAUCCUGUGGGCGAGGAGGCAUGGCCAGGCUAUGGGAAAGUCACUGUGAAACAUGUCGCCUCUCUGAUUCACGGACCCAAGCUGAUGAUUCCGACUCGGCAAAUGCUCAACUCUCAGAGGUCCUUGUUCUCCUGAUAAAAACCAAAUGGCUACCUGGAAUAAUUUUUUCAAGCAACAGUUAUUUUUCUUAUCUUCAGGGUUAAAAUGUGUAAAAAUGUUAUAUGUAAUUAAUCUAUGAUGCCAUAAAUGAUAAUGCAAAACCGAAAUAAUGUGGCCUGAGGGCUGCCUACAUUUGAAACAUGCUUUCCAUCAUGCAUUGACUGUACGUGUUUUGUUAAGCACAUUUUGUUGGCUUAUAUAUAUAAAGUGUGUAAGAAACACACCUUUCUAGAUGAAACUAUAUGUGCCACACUUUGCACUACUCAUAACAUAAUGAUAACCUCAAGACUAUCCAGGAGAAAUAUUUAAAUUUCCAUUUUAUGAAGAAAGGAACCAAAUUAUUAGCUUUUUUUUUUAAAUUACCAGUUUACAUAAUUAAUCAGGGUGCAUUUUAAGUUCUAACUUUAUUAUAUAAUGCAUCAUUUGAAAAUAGCAAGGAAAUAUCCUUUGUUUUUAAUGAUGCAUGAGUGAAGUAAUGCUAGUUGGCAGUAUAUGAUUGUAAGAAAUCAAUAAAAUAAUUGUGUUUUA